AUGUCCAGCCCAUCCAAAGACGAGGCCGGGCUGAACACGCGCCCUAAGAAUAACAGCAUCGAGAACAUUGCACCCAACAUUGAUGAAAUCUUGGACGCCGAUCAGAAGGUAGAAGCCCCAAAGCCACUGGAACAGGGGAACACAGUUCCUAACCGGGUGACACUCCCAUACCGAGGACGACUGAAGCGGCACGGAAGCACGCAGGCGUCUCAGGCAUCUCCACAGCCCAAGCGACCACGAAGACUUCAAAUUCCUGUGACUGCAGCUGCUCUCCGAGAGGCCCAUAAAGAGACAGAAGAGCUUGUCGAACAGGAAGUCCGUAUUGUUCAGGGACUUUGGGACGAGGGUGAAUGGGAUCAUCUUGAGAAGAGUUCCAAGGCUGAAGCCUUCCGCGACCCAAGGCGAGAAAAUGAAAAGAAGCACAUGAAACAUCACCAGGAAACAAAAACGUAG